ACGACAUGUCUCGACUUCUGUGCCUCGCGGUGGCUCUCUGCUGCACCCUGGAAGCGCGCGCCGGGACUUUGCCGUCCUUCUUGAGUGCUUGUUCGGCGUCAGACCCAAAUCUAAGUCGGUGCGUGGAGAAGGUGAUAGCGGUCGGGGGAGGGAAAUUCGCAAAGGGCAUCCCGGAGCUGGGAAUCGCGUCCCUUGAUCCGGUGCAUCUGGGUAGGGUGGUUGUCGACAACCCCGCUCUGAAGCUCACCUUCGACGACACCGUCGUUACCGGUCUCGGUGACUUUAUCGUCAAUUCUUUUAAGAUUGACACGGAGAAAGGAAAAGCUACACUGGACUUUACGGCUAACGUAACACUGAAGGCAAAUUAUGACAUGGAUGGGCAGGUGCUCAUCUUGCCAAUUAGAGGAAACGGACAAGCCAAAAUAAAAAUCACCAACCUUAACAUCGUGAUCAAAUAUGACUACAAGACUGUCGACGGUUACUGGACGGUUACAGGUUACGAAGAUAGCUACAAUAUGGACCGUGCGCAGUUCAAAUUCACCAAUCUUUUCAACGGCAACAAGGAGCUGGCAUCUACAAUAAAUAGAGUGAUCAAUGACAACUGGGAGCCUGUAAUCCGUGACAUCGCUCCUGUGGCCUUCCAGACCAUUAUCAGUGCGUGCGUCAACGAGGCCAAGAAACUGUUCGCUGCCGUCCCUGCUGACCGGUUACUGCUGCCUUGAUGUAAGCGGUACAAACAAAUAUCAGGAUUACCUAAAGAAAAUCGCUUUUCCGUCCGGAAGGGACGAUUCCUAAUUGCAUAAGUAUAAUAAUGAAUCCCGCCCAGUUUGCCUUUUAUAGUCUUUAAGAAGUUCUAUUUUAUUCGUACCUAGUUUUAACUUCCUCUAAAAUAAUAGCAGUUUGGUAAUUUAACCUUUUAGUGAUAAAGAAAAUAUGCGUAAAUAUAAGGAAAGGGUUGAAAAAAUGUCGUUCUCGGAUCAUAAUUUUUUAUAAUAUAAAACUGCACUAAUGUAAUAUAAUGUUGACGUUGACUGUUCUCGUUUUUAACAUUAAUAGUGGCAGUAUUGAGUAUUCACGUUUUACAACAAACCGGUAGACGCUCCAGGCUCGUUGCCGUAAGGUCGCCGGUUGCACAUUUCCGUGUCAAUAUUGUAACUUCCUCUCGGUGCGCAUAUUCCUCUCUUCGGGGCCAGCCACCACCAAGCCAGUGUGUAUUUGCAAUUGUAUAUCCUUUUCGUAGCCGUUAUUUUUAUACCUACUUAAUAAGUCCUUAAUCUUUUAUUUAUUAAAAUCGCGUUCAUUUAUCUACGCCUAGAUGUAAACAUUAUUUAUUAUACAAUCUUAAUAAGUUGGUAGUUAAUUUAUCAUAUUAAUGUCCAUUAAUAAUGUUGUGUCGAUUCACACAUGUCUCAAUAGUCUUAAGAAUUUUUAAGAGGUUAUUGAUUCUUUAACAUAUUAUAUACUAUCUCUAUUCUUGCCCGUAACAAAAUCUAAAAAGUCCUGGUAUGUUGCAGUGUUUUCAUAUAAAAAUCUAUAGUUUAAUUAAGAUUUAAUGCCAUGAUUAUAAAUUAUAAACUAUAUUUACACUUCUGAGAUAAAAUUGUAAGCAUUGUUAUAGUUACAAACCAAAUAUACAAGUAAUUAUUAUUAAACAUAGAAGUACUUGAUUUUAGUGUUAAUGUGUGAAUCAAAGAUAACACAUUUUUGUGUAAUUACUGACACCCACACUGUUUCUUAUUGAUAAGUAAACAGAAGCAAUGUUUGAGAUAACUCAGCUAAAUG